AUGGAAAAUUGCUUGAGAAAUAAAUCAGUUCCAAAAUUGGAAAGAAAAUAUUUGGAGAGAAAUAGAAGGAAUCAUAUGAAGAAUCUAUGUUAUCAGCUUCAAUCCAUGCUCCCUACUUAUGCCUCUAACUCUAAGAAAACAACAAUGACAAUGACAGAUCAAAUAGAUGCAGCAGUGAAUUACAUAGAAAACUUGAAAAUGAAUUUGGAGAUGAACAAUAAGCACUUGGAAGAAUUGAAAAUGGGCCUAAAGAGGGCCCAAUCACUCAAUCCAACUAAUGAGCCCGGCCCAAGCACCAAGUCACCAUCUCAUAUUGAAUUCCAUCAAAUGGACCCAAACAUGGUCAUGGUUUUAAUAACUGGCCUUAAUAAUAUAGCCACUUUUAAUAACAUCAUUCGAUUAUGCCAUGAGGAAGGUGUUGAAGUUGUGUCUACAAGCUUUCAACUCAAUGGAAACUCUACACUGCAAAUUUCUCAUGAAACUAAGAUCAAUACAAGUUCAACAAUGGAAUUUGGAGCUACAACUUUGUAUGAUAAAAUGAAGGAAUUGAUUUAUGGACCAUCUUGCAACAAUGCUACAAGAUCUAAUAUACAUUUUUGGGACUACAUAGUUGAAUCUGAAUGGUUAGGAUUUGAUGUAUCGGAGUUAUUAUGA